UGUUGUGUCCUCUGUCCUCUCUGUCCUCUGACUCUGUGAUCAUCAGAUGGACAGCAGAAGUUCACUGUAAACUGACUGCAGAGAGUCUGUCCUCUGUGUCCUCUGUGCUGAUGUGCUCAGUGUCCUCUCUGUCCUGUGUGGUGACGUCCUCUCUGUCCUCUCUGUCCCCUGUAACGACGUCCUCCCUGUCCCCCGUCAGAUCCUGGUGUAUGAGGGGGAGAUGGAGCGGGCUCAGGGACAGCUGGAGGUGGAGAUGCAGAAUCUGGAGGAGGAGAAGAACCGCGUGAUCGAGGAGGCGUUCAUCAGAGCCGAGAGCGAGAUGAAGGCCGUCCACGAGAACCUGGCAGGUGUGCGGAUGAACCUGCUGAGCCUGCAGCCGGCCCUCAGGACUCUCACCUGUGACUACAACUGUCUGAAGAGACAGGUCCAGGAGUUUCCCUUCAUGUUGGACAAGGCCAUCACAGAGGCCAAGCAGGAGGUGAGUCCCACUCU